CUGGCACUUUCCAUCCACGCUCACCCUGAAGCAGUCUCGUCCCGUGUGGGAAUCUAGUCCAAUUCGUUAGGAGGGCAACAAUCACAGGAUCCAGGAUGGGUCGCAGGUAUUUGGGCCUUCAGGGCAACGCCCUGCAAAUCGCCAUCGGUGUUAUUGCUGGUAUGGACUUUCUACUAUUCGGUUACGAUCAGGGUGUCACCGGUGGUCUUUUGACCCUUCAGUCCUUCAUCAAAUAUUUCCCCACCAUUGCUACCAGUGGUGAGUACUAUGAUAGUCUCACCCAGGCCGAACAGAGUACCCAAUCUACUCGCCAAGGUAUUGUUGUUGCUGCGUACAACUUAGGAUGUUUUGCGGGAUCUAUCCCGACAAUUUGGAUUGGGAAUUGGCUUGGUCGACGUAAAACUAUCUUUCUCGGUUCCUUCAUCAUGGUCAUUGGAGCACUGUUGCAGUGUACCGCGUACCAGCUGCCUCAACUGAUCGUUGGACGUCUGGUGACUGGAUUCGGAAACGGCAUGAACACAUCCACCGUGCCCACCUGGCAGUCUGAGUGCUGCAAAUCCAAUCAUCGUGGUAAGCUGGUCAUGAUCGAGGGCGCUAUGAUCACUUGUGGUAUUACUAUUAGUUACUGGAUCGACUUCGGUUUGCUCUUUGCCGACCCCAGUGAGGUCGCCUGGCGUUUCCCACUGGCUUUCCAGAUCUUCUUUGCCGCCAUCAUCCUGGCUUUUGUCAUGUUCCUUCCCGAAUCUCCCCGCUGGCUUGUGCUUAAGGGCAAGGAGGAUGAGGCGAAAGAAGUCCUGGGGGCUUUGUUGGGCGAUGGAACCGAUCCGACAUUCUUGCAGACUGAGUUCACAGCUAUCAAGGCGACCGUUUUGGAGAUGGCUAAGGGUUCGUUUAAGGAUAUGUUUACCAUGGGCGAAGACCGUCAUUUCCACCGCACCGUGCUGGCCUAUGUCAACCAGAUGUUCCAGCAGAUUUCCGGCAUCAAUUUGAUCACAUACUAUAUCCCAGUUGUGUUGGAAGAGCAGAUGGGUAUGACCCUAAUCAACUCUCGAUUGAUUGCGGCGUGCAAUGGAACCGAGUAUUUCAUCGCCUCUUGGAUUGCGGUGUUCACGAUCGAAAAAUUCGGCCGCCGGACACUGAUGCUUUUCGGUGCCGCGGGCAUGUCAGUCUCAAUGAUCAUCCUAGCCAUCACAGCUAGUCUCAAAACCUCGGAAGCCAACAUCGCUUGUAUUGUCUUCCUAUUUGUGUUCAACACCUUCUUUGCCAUCGGCUGGCUGGGAAUGACCUGGCUGUAUCCUGCCGAGAUCGUGCCUUUGAAGAUUCGUGCUCCAGCCAACGCCCUGGCGACAUCAUCGAACUGGAUCUUCAACUUCCUCGUCGUUAUGAUCACCCCUGUUGCUUUCGAUAACAUUGACUACCAAACCUACAUUAUCUUCGCCGUUAUUAACGCAUUCAUCGUUCCGGUUGUAUUCUUCUUCUAUCCGGAGACAACCCGUCGGUCGCUGGAAGAAAUGGACCGCAUCUUCCGAAAGACGAAGAGCAUCUUUUCGGUCGUGCGUAUUGCGAAUGAAGAGCCUCACAUGUAUGGCAAGCAUGGUGAGCUCUUGCAUACGCUGGAUGAUGUGGAGGAUGAGGCUGUGCGCCGGGCUAGUGUGCUGAGCCACGCUCAUAAGGAGUUGGAAAAGGACAGCUCUGAAAAUGACAGCACGAACAAGGCGUGAGCCCAAUGCUACUUUUCGGCGUUGAUGAUACAAAACCCUUUUUUUUUGUCGCUGGCCGGGCUGAAUUCUGGAAGGUCAGAAAAGAUGCCCUGCACGAAUAAUAUACCCAGCUUUUAUUCUGUAUUUAGCUUUUUGGUGCUGCUUGUAAUACACCUCUGAUCUAUUGAUCAUCUACCGAUC